AUGUGCCACACCAGCUGCUCCUCGGGCUGCCAGCCAGCCUGCCCUGCCACCUGCUGCCCUCCCCCAGGCUGCGGGAGCUCCUGCGGCCACCCAGCUUCCAGCGUGACUCUGCUGUGCCGGCCCACAUGCAGCUCCGCCACCUCCUGCCAGCCGGCCUGCGGCUGUCCCUCCCCAGUCUGCCCAGUGGUCUGCAGCCAGGCCUCCUCCUGCAGCCCGGCCUGCUGUGUGCCCAGCCCCUGCCGGGCAACCUGCUGUGUGCCCGUGAGCUACAGGCCAGCCGUGUGCACACCUGUGAGCUCCCGGCCAGCUGUGUGUGCACCAGUGAGCUGCAGACCCGCCGUGUGUGUGCCCGUGAGCUGCAGGCCCACUGUGUGUGUGGCCCCCUCCUGCCAGUCCUCCGGGUGCUGCCAGCCCUCCUGCCCCACCCUGGUCUUCAGACCCGUCCCCUCUUGCACCCCUUCCUGCUCCUGA